GCAUGCUUAUCUUUUAUUAAAUGCCUCUGUUUAGCUUUGUUUCUUUAUUUUUUCUGUACAAACUUAUGAUUCUGGGAUCUAAUAAUUAUACUAUAAGGAACCAAAUAUUUUGUUGUCGGUUUAGCUGUUUUGCUCCUUUUGCUGAAUUGGGUUUCCUUUUCUUUUUGUCUGUUGAAGUGAAAUGGAAUAGUUUGAUUUGGUUCUUUACUUGCUUAUAUGGACUUCUUUAAGCUUCAUUAGCUUUACUUGGGUGUUAAUGUUUAGAAUUUUGUUUUAGUUUUUAAUUUAUGUAUUUAAAUGGUAGGUUAGGGAUAUGUUGCUAUAUAUAGCCAUAUUUAUUCUAGCUUGAAAAAUGACUUAUGAAUCUUUUUCAAAUUGGUUCUAGCUAAUAUCUCUUAUUCAUUAUGUAUCACGAGCUCAGAGAAAUAUUUUGUGUGGUAAAGUCUGAGAUUCUUGCUUUUAUUCUUUUGUAAUAAUGACUUUUCCAUACUGGCUUUAGUUUAUUUAAAUUACAGAGUAAGAAUAAUGCUGACUUCCCAUAGUUUGUUCAAUCAAUGAUAAUUAUGACUUGGUGUGUGUUCAAGUAUAAUAUAUGGAAAUUUGUUGCCUCUGAAUUAUUGCCAUGUAAAAAUGACUGCUAGGUCAUAAGAAAGGGGGUUUUCUGGAUACAUGGCUAUAGUACUAAGAUAUUAUUUUUCCUUUAAAUAUUAUCAAUUCCACUCAAUAUUGGUGGCAGAUUUAAAUAUUUGCCCAAGAUCUUAAAAAUUAUAACAUGUUCAUCUUUAUCGCACUAUUUGUUUUAAGAUGGCUUCAUGCUCAGUCAAUAAAUGGCAAAUUGAGAUUAUGUAUCCAGAGUACUACUGAUGUGGCCAGCUAGGUUUAUUGUUAUUUGUACUGGAACAAUAAAAUGAAGCACAUAAUAAUAUUAUCAAGCUGUUUGCUGUGUUGCCAUUUCUUUCACAUUUCAAUUGCAUCCAGUUAGUCUGACUAGUGCAACCUGACGAAAGAGCAGAUUCAUUUUCUAUAUGUGAAAGGAAAAAAAAAGAAGAAGGGUGGCGGGGGAAGAGCUGAUUUGUCUAUGACAUUUUGCUUGAAAAGUGAAUAUUACUCUGUAGGAAAACCGGGUAUAAGUUGGAAAGUGUAUUUUAAGUAAUGCUUUUUCCACAAUUUGGCUUGCUGCUGAAGCUUUAAAAGGCUCCAUUUUGAUCAGUUCUUUGGAGAUUUUUGCGUUGAACAGUGUCGGCAGACAAAGAGCAUACUGUAAUAUCACUUGAGAGACAUGGUUAUAUUCCAUGAUGUCUUCAGGCUCUUCAUAGAUACUGCUAAGAAUAUACAAGAAAGCGAUAGUAAAGUGUUGGAUUGAAGGGUGCUUAUUGAGUUGAUUUGAAUGGGGACAGGGGAAGAGAGCACACCUGCUAAGCCUUCCAAACCAUCUUCAGCUCAGGAAAUACCACCAACACCCGCCUAUCCUGAUUGGUCAAAUUCUAUGCAGGCUUAUUAUGGUGCUGGAGCCACUCCUCCUUUUUUUGCAUCAACUGUUCCAUCUCCAACUCCCCACCCUUAUCUUUGGGGAGGCCAGCAUCCAUUAAUGCCACCCUAUGGGACCCCAGUUCCGUAUCCAGCUUUAUAUCCUGCUGGGGGAGUAUAUGCCCAUCCUAAUAUGGCCACGCCACCAAAUCCAGCACAAGCAAAUACAGAGUAUGAAGGUAAGGGUCCUGAUGGAAGGGAAAAGGCUUCAGUGAAAAAAUCUAAGGGCAAUGUAGUGGGCAAGGCAGGUGAGAGUGCAAAGGCAACUUCAGGUUCUGGAAAUGAUGGUGCCUCCCAAAGUGCUGAAAGUGGUAGCGAUGGCUCCUCAGAUGCAAGUGAUGAGAACAAUAACCAUCAGGAUUUUGCUGCAAAUAAGAAGGGAAGUUUUGAUCAAAUGCUUGCAGAUGCCAAUGCACAAAAUAACACUGCUGGAGCUUCGGUGCCUGGGAAGCCUGUUGUGUCUAUGCCUGCGACUAAUCUAAAUAUUGGUAUGGACCUAUGGAAUGCAUCUCCUGCUGCUGCUCCUGGAGCUACAAAAAUUAGGCCAAAUGCAUCUGGUGGCUCAUCAGGAAUUGUUCCUGCAAUAAUGCCUGAACAGUGGAUUCAAGAUGAACGUGAAUUGAAAAGACAGAAGAGGAAGCAAUCUAACAGGGAGUCAGCCAGAAGAUCAAGAUUACGUAAGCAGGCGGAGUGUGAAGAGCUACAAGCCAGGGUAGAGACUCUGACCACCGACAAUCGAAAUCUUAGAGAUGAACUGCAGAGGCUUUCUGAGGAAUGUGAUAAACUCAAAUCUGAAAAUGAUUCUAUUAAGGAAGAAUUAACACGGUUGUACGGCCCAGAUGCAGUGGCUAACCUUGAACAAAGCAACCACUCUUCAGUUGUUCAGUUUCGUGGCGACGAAGGAAACAGUUAAACAGUCAAGAGGAAACAAAAUGAGGAAUUUUUCUUGACCUUGAAGUUAGAAGUAGGUUAUGGCUACCUAUAAUUGAGCAUAGAAACAUUGGCUUCCUUACUGAUCUACACCCUUAACCCCCUUAGAUUUAACUGUAACAUUUAUUUUUACAAAAACUUUAACCCGAGUUGCGAGUGGUUUUAUUCGCAUGUUGUAUCAUGUAUUGAUCGAUUUGGUUAAGAAUAUAUAAAGCAUCAUACUGUUUUCUU